AUGGAAGAGAGACGUCGCCAAUACGAAGAAUCUAUCCAAAACAAGGUUUUGUCGGAGUAUAUCAGAAUCGUUAAUAUUCCCAUCGGAGACCGUAAGGAGUUCAAUCUAAUGUGCGACGAUUUCAUUGCUCGAAUACGACAAGGAAAAAAUCUAGACCCUCAACCUCUCUCUUGGCCAAGGCCAGCAGGGAUUGGAGCAAAGACAAUGGCAAUCCAAGACGCACGGCUGCUUGCUGAAAAUGACGUCAUCAUCUGGAAUGAGGCCUCAAUGAUCCCGAAGACAGCUUUCGAGACGGUGGACGCUGUGUUUCGUGCUAUGACGCAAGUACAGAGACCCUUUAAUGGAAAAAUGCUCAUUCUCGGUGGCGACUUUAGACAGAUCCUACCGGUUGUACGCAGGGGAUGA